AUGGCAGAUUCUACGAGCGGAAGCUAUAAUGAAGGCGAUGUUGCCUGGGUUUUGGCCUCUACGUGCUUGGUCUGGAUUAUGAUUCCGGGAAUAGGUUAUAUUUAUAGUGGAAUGUCGCCGCGAGGCAAUGCAUUAUCCGCUCUUAUGUUAGGUUUCUUAGCAAUCCCAGUUGUAUCUAUUCAAUGGCUCUUAUAUGGUUAUAGCAUAACGUUCAGUAGUACUGGAGGUUCAUUUAUUGGUAAUUUUAAGGAUGCAUUAUUCUUGGAAGAUAUAUCGGAAAUAAUUGUUCAUAAUAGCACGAGCCCAACUGGUAACGUAAAUUACGUAGCGAUACCAAAACUUGCACACGCUGUCUUCCAAUUGAUGUUUGCUGCGAUCACACCGGCGAUGGUGUUUGGCUCGGUAUCAGGACGGAUUCGAACGAUUCCUGCUCUCGUAUUCAUUUUUGUCUGGUCCACGGUUGUCUAUGAUUUCAUAGCUUAUUGGUGUUGGUCAAAUAACGGAUGGCUUGGCGCAUGGGGAGUACUUGAUUUUGCAGGUGGAACACCAGUUCACAUUUCUUCAGGCGCGGCCGCUCUGGCGUAUUGUAUAGUAGUAAAUACUGACCCAGAAGUGCGAAGAAACUUACCCAAUGACACAACGGACGUGAUACUCGGUACUCUUUUUCUCUGGUUUGGAUGGUUCGGGUUUAAUGGCGGCUCUGCACUAGGCGCAAAUUUGAGAGCAAUCAUGGCUUGUAUUGUAACCAAUAUAUCAGCAUCAGCGGGUGGCCUGACUUGGAUGUUUUUAGACUACUAUUUAUCUGUCGAUCUAGUAGAUGGACCAAAAUUAUCGGCCGCUAGCUUUUGCUCUGGAGCAUUGGCGGGACUAGUCGCGAUCACUCCGGGGUCUGGUUAUGUUAAACCAUAUGCUGCAUUGAUUUUUGGAGUACUUGCCGGGCUUAUUUGCGGAAUGGCUAGCAGACUGGAUAGUCAUAGGUCCUUUCGGUCAUUAUACUUUGAUAAUUUUCAGGUUUUUGCUGUUCAUGGAGUAGGUGGUUUCGUUGGAAACAUUUUAACCGGUAUAUUCGCCGACAAAAAUAUUGCGUUACUCAACGGACAAGUGAUCGACGGUGGUGUUAUUAAUGGGAAUGGAAUUCAAUUAUUCAAACAGUUAGUUUCUUCCCUUGUGGGAUUAUCAUGGCUGCAGUCACGAGCUCACGUCAAUAAUCGUAAUCUGGCUUCAUUAUAG